CCACGGGGCGUGUGGGGAUCCGUCUGCGACGACCAAUGGGAUGAGAGCGACGUGGAGGUCGUCUGUCGACAGCUGGGCCUGGGGGGUGUAGCACGAGCGUGGGGUCAGGCGUAUUUCGGUGCGGGGUCAGGCAGGGUAUGGCUGGAUGAGGUGCGCUGCACGGGGAACGAGCUGACCCUGGAACAGUGUCCUAAAGCUGCCUGGGGAGAACACAACUGUCUCCACUCUGAAGACGCAGGGGCCUCCUGUACCCCUCUCACUGAUGGUUCAGUGCGGUUGUCUGGGGAUAGUGGGAGCAGUGAGGGCAGGCUGGAGGUGUUCUAUAGAGGUCAGUGGGGACGGUGA